AUGGAGAAGGCAUCAUCAGGAAAGGAGGUCAUCAUCACUACUGAGAAGAUGGUUGCUGUUUCUUAUGAUCGUUACCAAUUCCUCGGAGCAGCAGUUAGGGCUCUUUUCAAGUGUUUGGGUGUUGGGGAUUCUUCAACUUCAACCACACAACAAGUGCUUAUAGAUUUUUCUGUUGAAGGGACACCAGCCACGUCAGCUACGGCAGCAGAGCAAGUUGUUCCACCGCCAGCGGCAGUAGUAGCCCCGGAAGCUGACCCUGCUGCUGCUUCUAACGCCCCUAAAAGACCGAGAAUUACUCUUCGUGCGGCAAGGCCAGAAAUAAGCACAGGGAGUGGUGCUCAGACUAAUUGA